AUGGGGUCUGAGGUAGUUAGAAAAACCCUUAACUUAACAGAUGAAACUGCCAACACUUCUCUCGUGUUCAUUGACUACGAAGUGCCAAGAGAGGAGGCCGAUAAGAAGUGUUCUUUCUAUGGCUUUAAGAAGCCAGACAACAAGGCAACAGAGCAUGAUCUUAGUUCUAUCAUGGAAUCUAAUGAAACGGUGUGGACGCUUACUGUUGACGACAGAGAUGUUUUCGUAAGGCAUCGUCAAUGGCUUUCAAUCAGAGGCUGUCAUCAUCUAAAUCUGACACACAAUGGUGAACUGCACAACAACUGUAAUCUUGUAUUUGAUUCACCGGACAGGAUGAUGAGUUCAUAUAUUGGAAUACAUAACACUUCCUGCUAUGUUAUACCAGAGAAUAUAGAAGAAUUUGAGAAAAAGCAGCUUCCAGAAUCACUGUGUGAUUGGCGAUGUACUGAUGUGAUUGAGACUUCAUGUGGCGGAACAGAGGCAAUCUCACUAUACAAAGUCAUAGAUGGUUAUAUAUUUAUUUAUCAUUAA